CUAAUUUUAUCUUUUUACUUCAAAAUAAAAACUGUAACUUUUAAUCCACAAAUCCAAAAACAUCGAUGUGUCCACAACUCCCUCAUUAUCAACAGAUUGCAAUUUUCAACAGACACAAAAUAAAAAUAAAAAUUGGCUUAUAGCAUUAAUCAAAAGUGCUGGGAUGAGAUUUUGUGCCAUUUUAAGAGUAAAAUUAAGGGGUUGGGGGGCUGUCAUUUUACCCUAAUUCGCACAAUAAUGAAAAAGACAGAUCUUCAGACAUCAACAUAAAAUACCCUAUAGCACUCGAAGUGUCCAAAUAAAAGUAAUGUUCACUAACUCACUAUCCACUUCUUCCACCUGCUGCCCAGACACCUGUCUCACUGCUCUGACAAAAUGAAAAAAUAUCAAAACAACGUCUCAGCAGAACAAGUAAAGCAGACCUCAAAUAUGCUCUAAACUGUGACAUAUUUCCAUUAGUGUGCGCUACAGGGGUUUAGCAAUUAUUAAUGACAGCAAGCAGUCCACGGUUAACGUCUCAAAUGCAUGUCAAUAUACUUUGCUUAUCGCCAGCUUUUUAGUAGGAGUGUAGGAUGCUGUGCGUCACAAUGCGCGUUUGCAAAAGUGUUUCAUUCAGCAGGCGUUUUGGACUGACACACUCACAGUUUGGAAAAUGAACUGCUCCAAAUGUCUAAAAUACACAAGUUUACCAAGUCUUAGCCAUAGCAGAGCGAGUCAUUCACUGGAAUAAGCAUACAGAUUGAUUUAUCACCUGUGACUACAGACAAAUACAAUGGAUACCACUUUGGAACCCCUUUCAGCAUCUCUUCUCUACGACGAGGAAGAUGGAAACGAAACCUCCACCAAUCUAUUCGAGCAGCCGGACUGGCAGGUGGCACUAUGGGCGAUUGCAUACUCUUCCAUCGUAAUUGUGUCCAUCAUUGGCAAUGUCACUGUUAUUUGGAUCAUUCUGGCACAUAAACGCAUGAGGACAGUGACCAACUACUUCAUUGUAAACCUCGCCUUUUCUGAUGCAUCUAUGGCAACUUUUAACACCGUCUUUAAUUUCGUGUAUGCUUUGCACAAUGACUGGUAUUUUGGUUUGGGAUACUGUAAAUUUCAAAACUUCUUCCCAAUAACAGCAAUGUUCUCAAGCAUUUAUUCAAUGGCGGCUAUUGCUGUUGACAGAUACAUGGCUAUAAUCCACCCUCUGAAGCCCAGGCUCUCCUCUACUACUACUAAAGUUCUGAUCGGGGUCAUCUGGACUGUGGCUUUUUCACUGGCCUUUCCUCAGUGUUAUUACGCCAGCUCCAAGUUCUACUUCCCUCGGACUGUUUGUAUGGUGGAAUGGCCUGACGAUUAUGGAGGGAAACAUCAGCUCUCGUAUCAGAUUGCUGUGAUUAUCCUAAUCUACUUGCUCCCUCUGCUGGUGAUGUUGGUGACCUACAGCCUGGUUGGACGGAGGCUGUGGGGCAGCGAGAUCCCUGGAGAAGCGUUAGACCACUACCAGAACCAGAUGCAGGCGAAACGCAAGGUUGUGAAGAUGAUGAUAGUGGUGGUGACGACCUUUGCAAUAUGUUGGCUUCCCUACCACAUCUACUUCAUCCUGGGGAGCUUCAGCAGGGACAUAUACAAGCAGCAUUACAUCCAGCAGGUCUAUUUGUCCAUCUUCUGGCUGGCCAUGAGUUCCACUAUGUACAACCCCAUCAUUUACUGCUGUCUAAACCAAAGAUUUCGCUCAGGUUUUCGCAAAGCGUUCCAGUGGUGCCCCCUCGUCAAGAUUUCUGAGGAGGACAACAUGGAGCUGCAGCACAUGAGAACCUUCCACAUAAGACGCAGUUAUCGCACUGAGACCACCAGCGUGGUGGUCCGUAAUCAUAUCAGUGAACCAGAAGACACCACAUCCAAACUAAUCAAAGUCUGAAUUCUACAACAUUUCAGUGAUGAGGGUGAAAAACAUCCCUGUUGGCGAUUAUUAAAAUCGAGCAUGACCAUACUUGCACUUAAUACCUCACAACAGAAUUAGAUUUUCCCUCUUAUUGUUCUCUAUUGUGGAUUCAGUGGGCUUUAAAGAGGGAUAAUUCAUCUAUGGCAUAAGCAUCAAGCCUUAUUUGUUUCUGUUGCUACUUGAAGUACAGUACUAGUCCUAGUAUGUGUAUAGAUCAGUUCAUUUUAUAUACACUACUGUUCAAAGGUUUGGGGUCAGAAAUUUUUUUUUUUUAAGAAAUUAAUACAUAUAUUCAGAAACAAUGCA